AUGAGGACGGUGGCACGUAACUACGUCUAUUGGCCUGGCAUCGACGAGCAGAUCACGCAGCUCGUUCGUUCAUGCACCGAAUGCGCUAAGGCAGCGAAAACCAGCAGUAAAGUAAACCUGGAGAGUUGGCCUUCACCGCAAAAACCAUGGCAAUGUGUACAUGCAGAUUAUGCUGGACCUGUGGACGACUUCUACUACCUUAUCGUGGUGGAUGCAUUCAGCAAAUGGCCUGAGGUGAUACCAACCAAGCGAAUCACCACUGAAGCAACACUCACCAUGUUCAGAGAAAUUUUUGCAACUCACGGUAUGCCAGAGACGCUGGUAACUGACAAUGGUCGUCAGUUUGUCAGCGAGGAUUUCGAGCGCUAUUGUGAGCAGAACGGCAUACUCCAUCUGAAGACACCGCCAUAUCACCCACAAUCCAACAGACUUGCUGAACGCUUCGUAGACACGUUCAAGAGGGCACUGAAAAAAAUCACAUCGGGGGGAGAGGCCCUCCGCGAAGCAAUAGCAACCUUUUUGCUUUGUUAUCGCUCUACACCGUGUCGAAGCGCACCCCAGGAAAAAUCACCAGGCGAGCUGCUACUGGGUCGGCGACUCCGAACUUCAUUGGAUCUGUUGAAGCCACCCACACCAUUCCACAAAGUUGCAGAUCCCAAGCAGAACGCUCAGUUUAACAAAAAACAUGAUGCAAAACCGAUGAAUUACGACGUCAAAGAACUUGUCUGGGCAAAAGUACAUCGCAAUAACACUUGGUCUUGGGAACCAGGACAAGUAUUGGAAAGAGUCGGUCGAGUGCUAUACAACGUCUGGCUACAGAAGGAAGGAAGGAAGAGUAAACAGAACCUCAUUAGGACUCACUGCAACCAACUACGUAGGCGAUAUAUAUGUGAACAAACCGAGUUGACUGAGCAGCAGCAGCCAGCGUUAAUCCCACUCAACCUUCUUCUGGACUCGUGUGGGCUUCUACCAGCAGCAGUUGAUGCAGCUGCACCGGAGCCUGAUCCAAAGUCACAACCAUCAUCAUUCGAGAGUCAGCCUCUCGAAUCUCCUGAACCUAGGACAAUUAAUCGAAAUCCUACCCUCAUCUCAUCAAGAGCUACUCCUCAGCUAGAACCAGUUCAGCCUCGCCAAUCUUCACGACCCAGAAGAAAGCCGGUGAGGUAUGACCCGUAUUACCUUUACUAA